AAAUAAUCGGGGAGGGUCCGUCCGUCCUUUCUGCCUUGGCUGAUCAAUAGUCACAGUCGAUACGCGAUGUGGCCGGCCCGUGUGCUGUAUAUCGGCAGCCCUUGUAGGGCUGGUAGCUCACCGAUGGAUGACAGCUCCAAAGUGUCCAACUGCACACACGAACCACAGCACACACACAUGGAUGACGCCCUGUGUGUGUGGCUCGGGUGGCUGACCUUGAUGCAAGAUAUGGCCCAGCCCUUGACCGAAAACGACACAUCAGUCGCACACACGCACACACAUUAAUGACACAAACACAUUGAGGAUAAAUUUAUUGAUCAACACACAGAUGGGUGGAUGGUAACCUACUUGAGCUCCUGGGGCGCGACGCUGCCGUAGUAAGCUGCCCUCCUUAGCGCCGUCAUAGGUCAGCUGAUGGAUGGAUGGAUGGAUGGACAGACAUGCCAUGCAUUCAUUCAUCGGCGGGUGGAUGUGUGUGCCGGUUUACCCUUCCCUCAGCAUAGUGGGACGGCGGCUGCUGGUCGGAACUCAGCUUGGGGAUGCUCCACAGUGAAGGGACAUACCUGCACACACACACACGCCUAUCUCUGCCAACCUGCCAGCGAUUUCCGUCUGCCUGUCUGUCUGUCUGUCUGUCUGUCAGGCCAGCCCCUCUCGGCAUGGGUCUGCAACAGAUCCAGGAAAGGAUCACAGACGGAGCGGCCGAUGCGGCCUUGGAAGUGCUUCUCGACGAUCCCCUCUCGGCAUGGGUCUGCAACAGAUCCAGGAAAGGAUCACAGACGGAGCGGCCGAUGCGGCCUUGGAAGUGCUUCUCGACGAUGAGACUCCUGCACAGAUACAACAAAGCAGAUGGCGUGUGUGUGUGCCAUGAAUGAGAUCUCUCUUGUCUAUCUUGUCACGGCCGUUGCGUAUCUUGUCACUCACUCACCCAGCGUCGUUGAGUAUGAAUAGGGCGUCCAUUUGCACACACCACCCUCCCGCCCUUCCCGG